ACCGAAAGUCUAAAGACCACAAAGGCGCAGUUACUAUGUGCCUGACCGACCUUGCCGCUCAAACCUCUUGCCACACCACCAAUCACCAAAGAUCAAUCACCAAAUCCAACCACGCCGCCGUCGCCAUCGCCGUGCUAAUCUCGGUCAUCUUCAAACUCCUACUCACCACAACCUGCGAUCCCGCAGCAGUGGCAAGAAACCCAAUCGCCAGGAGGGACAGCAGUCGCAAAGACGAGGCAGGUCUGGAUGAGGUUACAGAUUAUGAUGUACAAGCGGCGGCGGGGGCCAAUGAUGUGCCCGAGCUGGCCGGUGAGGUAGGCGGCCGCGAGGAAGAAGCCCAGGGCGACGGCGAUGUUGGAGGUGACAAACAUUUCGCCGUUCAUCUCGGGGAGGAUGAUGGCUAG